GGCUCGGGCGGGCGCUUCUCUCAACUUUAGUUUGGGCGUCUGAGGCGAGUUUCUGUCUCAGUCGGGCGCAGCCGCCGCCGGGGAAAAGAAAGGGAGGAAGGAAGGAACACGAAAAGGAAAUAAAGGCCAGAGGGGGAGGGGAGCGGCGACUCGCCGGCCGUCAGGGGAGGGAAGGCCCCAAAGUUCUCCGGCGCCGCCGGGCCGCGUCGCGCGGCCCCUCCUGAGGCGCAGCCGUCUGACCCGCGGGCCCGGGCGCGGGGUGCGGAGCCGGGCGGGGAUGCGGGGCCGCGGCGCAGCCCCCGGGCCUGAGAGCGAGGACCGCGCCGCCCCCGCCGCUCCCGCCGCGCCGCCCGGCCCACCACCCUCGCCGCUCCCCCUCGCCGCUCCUCCCGUCUCGGCGCGUCGAGCCGAGGCGCCCGGGCGGAGCCCUCGCCGCUGUCGGGGUGCGCGUCGGGGGAGCCGAAGCCAUGGAUCCCGGGCAGCAGCCGCCGCCUCAGCCGGCCCCCCAGAGCCAAGGGCCGCCGCCCGCGCAGCCCGCCCCGGGCCAGGGCCCGCCGUCCGGCCCCGGGCAGCCGGCCCCUCCGGGCUCCCAGGCGGCGCCGCCGGCCCCCCCGGCCGGGCACCAAAUCGUGCACGUCCGGGGGACUCGGAGACCGACCUGGAGGCGCUUUUCAAUGCCGUCAUGAACCCCAAGACGGCCAAUGUGCCCCAGACCUUGCCCAUGAGGCUGCGGAACCUGCCGGACUCUUUCUUUAAGCCGCCGGAGCCCAAGUCCCACUCCCGACAGGCCAGUACUGAUACAGGCACUGCUGGAGCCCUGACUCCUCAGCACACUCGAGCUCAUUCCUCCCCAGCUUCCCUGACGCAGGGCUCUGUGUCUCCUGGAACCCUGACUCCCACAGGAGUGGUCUCUGGCCCAGCAGCCACACCCUCAGCUCAGCACCUCCGACAACCUUCUUUUGAGAUACCUGAUGAAGUACCUCUGCCGGCAGGCUGGGAGAUGGCCAAGACUUCAUCUGGUCAGAGAUACUUCUUAAAUCACAUCGAUCAGACAACCACAUGGCAAGACCCUAGGAAGGCCAUGUUCUCCCAGAUGAACGUCACGGCCCCCACCAGUCCCCCAGUGCAGCAGAAUAUGAUGAACUCGCCCUCAGGUCCUCUUCCUGAUGGAUGGGAACAAGCCAUGACUCAGGAUGGAGAAAUUUACUAUAUAAACCAUAAGAACAAGACCACCUCUUGGCUAGACCCAAGACUUGACCCUCGUUUUGCUAUGAACCAGAGAAUCAGUCAGAGUGCUCCAGUGAAGCAGCCACCCCCACUAGCCCCCCAGAGCCCACAGGGAAGCAUCAUGGGUGGCGGCAGCUCCAACCAGCAGCAACAGAUGCGGCUACAGCAGCUGCAGAUGGAGAAAGAGAGGCUGCGACUGAAGCAACAAGAACUGCUGCGGCAGGCAAUGCGGAAUAUCAAUCCCAGCACAGCAAAUUCUCCAAAAUGUCAGGAAUUAGCUCUCCGUAGCCAAUUACCAGCACUGGAGCAGGAUGGUGGGACUCAAAAUCCAGUGUCAUCUCCUGGGAUGUCUCAGGAACUGAGAACAAUGACAACCAAUAGCUCAGACCCCUUUCUGAACAGUGGCACCUACCACUCUCGAGAUGAGAGCACGGACAGCGGGCUGAGCAUGAGCAGCUACAGUGUGCCUCGAACCCCAGAUGACUUCUUGAACAGUGUUGACGAGAUGGAUACAGGUGAUACAAUCAACCAAAGCACCCUACCCUCACAACAGAACCGUUUUCCAGACUACCUGGAGGCCCUUCCUGGAACAAAUGUGGACCUUGGAACACUGGAGGGAGAUGGAAUGAACAUAGAAGGAGAGGAGUUGAUGCCAAGUCUGCAGGAAGCUUUGAGCUCUGACAUCCUUAAUGACAUGGAGUCCGUUUUGGCUGCCACCAAGCUAGAUAAAGAAAGCUUUCUUACAUGGUUAUAGAGCCCCUCAGGUAGACUGCAUUCAUAAUCUGUGAAGGAUCUAAGGAGAUAAGACAUAUAUACCUGAAGUUUCCAAAUAAGCCAGUUGGCAAUAUUCUGGCUAAUACAGAAAAAGAUGAACAAACGUCCAGCAAGAUUCUUUCAUCCACUAUUUUGUUCUUCCUUGUCCAUUGCUGCUGUUAAUAUAUUGCUGACCUCUUACAUAGUUGGCCCUAAAGAAUCAAAAAACCCUUUUUUGUUUCUUUUGCUAUUAUAACUACUGUUUGUUUGGGGGCUGGGGGAAGUGAGCCUGUUUGGAUGAUGGAUGCCAUUCCUUUUGCCCAGUUAGGUGGUCACCGAUCAUUUUAACUACACACUCAGACUUGGAAGUCAAAUGCUUCAUGUCACAGCAUUUAGUUUGUUCAAGCAAUUGUUUCUUCAGCUGCCUUUGACCAGUAGAAAAGCAUGACUUACUGGUCUGACAAGCCAAAAAUGUUGUAUCUGAUAUUAAGUUCUUAAUGGUGAUUUGAAGAGAUAGCUGAAA